UCGUUGUUUCUCACGUUUCUCUUCAAACGCCGUUUGUCACAUUGUCAGCCGCGUAGAAUGACAUUUAAAAAGAUCCUUGAAUCUUGUUCUCGACGCAUAAGUGAACUCAAGAACUAUGGAGCAAAUGUUAAUCUCUCUCCGCCGUACGAAUUUAUGUGUCAGGUUGGAGAUCCUGUAUUGCGAACCCGUGCAGAGGCAGUCGACCCGGUAAAGGUCACCAGCGCUGAAAUUCAAAAGAUAAUUAAUGUAAUGCGGAUUGUCAUGAAUGAAAGUUAUUCUACGGGCAUAUCAGCACCUCAAGUGGGUUGUCCACUCAGGAUUAUAAUGAUGGAGUUCCCCAUGAAAUACAUGAAGCUGGCCCAAGCGGAAGAAGCAAAGACACGUGUUUACCAGCCUUUUCCGCUGAAGGUGUUCAUCAAUCCUACGAUGGAAGUUAUAAACAGUCAGAGGCUCGUAUUCCCUGAAGGCUGCGAGAGCAUCCGAGGUUUCACUGCAGAUGUGCCUAGGUACUAUGAAGUGAAGGUUUCAGGUCUGAACGAGCAAGGAGAGGCCCAUGAGUGGCAGACAUAUGGAUGGCCAGCUAGAAUCAUUCAGCACGAGAUGGACCACCUUGAAGGCAGCCUCUUUAUUGAUCUCAUGGACUCACGGACUUUCCACUUCAACUACUGGCAUCUAAUCAAGAAGCUGCCCAAGUCAAGACUGAAGCAGUGAUGUUAUGUAUUUUCAAGGAAAGUUGUUAAAUAUAAGGCUUAAUAAAGAAAUUUUAGUGAGCUCCGUGCACUAGAGUGUAAUGCAGG